AUGGCUUCUCAGAUCACAUUGGCAAUGUUUACUCUGUGUUUUGCCCUACUAGUUAUGCUUGGUUCUGCAGCUGACAUGCCAGGCAUGCCCGGUAUGGGGGCAGCUACCCCUGCAGCGCCACCCUCUGGCGGUGGCUUCACAUGUCCAUCAAUGGCUGUUGCCUUCUUUGCUUUGGUUGCUGCCUUUGUUGCCUAG